UUAUCUUGUCAAAUUAUCAAGUUUACGAAUAAAAAUGAAGAAAAACGGAUUUGAAUUUAGUGGCAGGAUGCGCACUGCGCACUAGAGCCGUUUGUAAAUAGUACAAAAUUAAACGAUUCACUAAUUAAGCUAAUGAUCUUGACACGAAAACCUGCACUUGCCCAACAAUUGUAUUCGGUCGUGGCGAGCAUGCGACUUAUGUAAGGCCCCGGUCGGUAUCUUUUGGCAACGCCGUUGUCGCUGCGCAUCCGCGGCGUCUAAAUUUAGUGCGUGCGAUUGCUGCGAGCGUCGACCGCGCCAGACGUUGCUCGCUGUAAGGUGUACACUGUGAACGAAAAAAGCGUGUCGGACGUCUGUCUGCGGCCGAACGCAGCUCGAUAUUGGAUCGACUUCAAUACUCGAUUGGCGAUCGCCGUACUACAUACGAAUGCCAACGUAAAUCGCGUUGUAUCGGCCCGAAAAGUGAAACAGUCAGCGGUUCAUCUACCGAGUAUGACGAGUGCGAACACGACGACGACGACGACGUGAUUAGUCCCCCAGUGCACCAGCCGCACAUAAUUAGCCGCCGGGAGCUAACCAAAUUGCGCUGUUGUGCGCGUCCGCCUGCCGCGCUUAACGAUGGAAGACGAACUCGACGAUAAGAUCAUCUACCAGACGUACGUGUCGCACAUGAAGCUCGUCUCGCGCGUCGCCUGGGGUCUUCCCCUCAACAUCUCGCCCGUCGCGUACUGCGCGCAUCUCUUCCGAAUGUUCCGCAUGUACGUGUUUAAACCCGAGGUGCUCCUCAUUGGCACCGUGAUGGUGUUGAUCUUGGUGUACAUACAUUCGGUGGAUGUAUGGAGUCGUGAUUUACUAGGGCGGCUGCAAUACACCAUCAAUCGACCGAGGAGCAAGGAAUCCAAGUUGAAUUUCUUCGGCAGCGCCGAGGUGGAGAAGGCCAGCUGGCAGUCGAAGAUUGGACCGAUCAGCGCGUACGCCGUCCAAGGACGUCGGCCGAAGAUGGAGGACCGUUUUGUCAUCAAUGAUAACAUCAACGGAACCGGUGUUUCGCUCUUCGCUGUCUUCGAUGGUCACGGCGGUGAAUUCGCAGCUAACUACGCAAAAGACAAACUCAUUCAGAACAUCUACGGCAAGAUUCUUGAAGUUAAAAAUCUCAUGGACGGUAAAGAAGCACCGAAGGAGAUCAAAUGUACAGAAAAACCUGAUGAGGAAAAACCCACAACUCCUUUAACACAAAGAAAGAAGAGUUUUAAAAAGACAACAUCCACUACUGAUGAAUGUAUCAAAGGCGCAGGCGCAUCUGGAAUCACAGAUAAAGAAUUACUGGAUAAACUAGAUAGUUUAAACAGACCUAUAACAAGAGAAGUCAAAAAUACAAAACUACCUGAAUUGAAACCAGUGGCUGCUUCCACUUAUUUCAACAAAGCAGGUGUUAUAGAUAUUGGUAAACUAAUAACAGAUGAAGUCUUAGCUGCAGACAGACUUUUAAUACAAGACGCAAAGAAGAAUUAUGAUGUAGCAGGCACCACAGCACUGAUUGCGAUGCUGCAUGGAUCAAAAUUAGUUGUUGCCAAUGUAGGAGACUCACGUGGUGUGAUGUGUGACUCGCGCUCACAAGCAAUUCCGUUAUCUUUCGAUCACAAACCGCAACAAAUGCGUGAACGCAAGCGGAUUCAACAAGCGGGUGGUUUUGUAAUAUUCAACGGUGUAUGGAGGGUUGCCGGUAUUCUGGCAACCUCCCGAGCGUUGGGAGAUUAUCCUUUGAAGGAUAAAAAUCUUGUGAUUGCCGAUCCGGAUAUUUUAACAUUUGAAUUAAAGGACCACAAGCCGCAGUUUCUUAUCCUUGCGUCCGAUGGACUCUGGGAUACAUUCAGUAAUGAGGAAGCUGUGGCUUUUAUUCGCGAACGCCUGCACGAGGAUGAUUUCGGUGCGAAAAGUCUUACACUGCAAGCGUAUUAUCGUGGGUCACUGGACAACAUCACAGUACUCAUAAUAAACUUUAAAGAGAACGCGUUCAGCUAUCAGAAAGCCUCUUAAAUUUCGUUAUCUUUGUCCAUGUUUAACCCAAAUUGUAAAACGGCAUUCGCCAAUUAGCGCUAGUUACCGAAUGUUGUUACCAAUUUCAAGUGAUUUUAGUGAUUUAAUUUGUAAAUUGUAUAAAUUAUACUGUGUUUUAGUCUAUUUAAACUUAUUCGUUGACUAUUUGGAUAAGUACCGCGUCUACUGAAUGUUUAAACUAACAUAAAAAUUCAAUUUCGGUUGGCAUGAAGCAAUCAGUAUUUGUACAUGUUAUUUACAUAUUGCAUAUUGAUGCAAAAAAGGUGCUGAUGUUGAAGUGUUUACUGGAAACGUACGCUUGCGAUAAACAAAGAUCAUGUGACCAAUAUGAUUACGAUUUAGUAUCGUUUGAUAAAACGAAACAGAUAAAACUAUUUUGCUACAACCACAACUCAAUCCAAACUAAAAACUAUUCUUGUCGAAUCUCAAUGUAAAUGUAAUUUUCCAAUUGAAUUAAGCGUGCAAAUAUGUAAUCGAUGCACGUGUUACGCUUCAUAUCACAUAUUGCUGCACUGAUGAUGAAUCCAGGCGAAUUUAUUACACACCAAGAUUAUAAACCUAUUUACGAUUUGUAAAAUAAGAGAUAUUUUGAUACGAUUUGCUAAAACGACUCAAUCACUACGAAAUGUAUAAAAUUCGAUACAAAUUCGAUGCGAACGAUUUUUGAUUGGGAUUGCUCUUCACGUUUGUUACCGAUGCGUUGUUGUUUAACGAGUUUAUGAAGCGUUAUCUGUGUGAGCGAGUACAGAUCCUCAAAUAUUAUGUGAAAUAUUUGUAUACUUAUGCAACCUUCGUGAUGUCCUGAACUGUCUGAUAAAAUUAAAUUAAUUUAACUUGA